CGAGUGUGUGCCUCUGUGUGUUUCCCUGUGUGUGCGUGCGUGCGUGUGUCUGUCUGUGUGAGAGUGUGUGUGCAGCCUCCGCUGCAGCCAGGGCCCCGCCCCUCCCUUUUCCGCACUCCUUGCCAGGCCGGUGACUCAGUGACGCUUUCCUGCGGCUGGAGCCGGAGCGGAGCCGGAGCCCGAGCCGGGUGGGCCAGGGCACCUCUGGGCUUUAGGAUGUUCGCAGUACAGUCUGGGCCUCCUGAAGCCCCAUUCCUGGGGGGCCCACCUGCCUCUGUGUCUCAACACGACUAUGAACCAGACAGUAACUCCAACUUUGUGGCCAGCACCUAUGAUGCCAAUGAGAAUUGGAGCCGAGGACUUGGUGGGGCCCGGGGUCCUGGUCUGGGUGGGGGGGAACUGCCCCUCAUGCAGAACCUUCCCUCAGUCCCCUCUGACAACCAGGCUCCCCUGGGCAAGAGGCAGCCCUCCACCCAUGGUCUCCCGGGCCCUCAGCCUGAUGGCUACUUCCUCCCGACAGUAGGGGAGAUGCGCAGCCCACCUGAGGGGGCUGAACUUCCCAUAGCUUCAGGGCCCAAGCCAGAGAAGGGCAGUGGGGAAGUGGCCACGGCUGCUGCUGGCUCCCCCUUGGAAGAUAUUGGCUAUGCCAGCAGCUCCCUGAGCGUAGAAAGUCCUGAGAGCAGCCCAGGGCCCUCCUGGGAUACCCCCAGCCCCUGCCCGGGCCCCCCAGAGCCUGGUCCAGCCCCCAGUGCCUUCCUACCCACUGUAACUCAGGCAGUGCAGCAGCUGCUGGCUCGGGAGCGCUACAAGGAACAAGAGAAAGAAAAACACCACGUUCACCUGGUCAUGUACCGUCGUCUGGCGUUGCUACAGUGGAUCCGAGGCCUCCAGUGCCGUCUGGCCAGCCAGCAGGCCCGUCUGCAAGAGAGCUUUGACACAAUCCUGGACAACCGGAAGGAGCUGAUCCGAGGCCUCCAGCAGGGGCUGCAACCACGACCCCAAGACAGAGGCUGAAUGCUGACCUUGUCCCAUCCUCCAUCCCAGCUUCCUCCCCACUCUGUGACCCAUUGCUUCCUAAAUCCAGUCUCCCCCUGGGGCCGGCCUACACUCAGCUAUCCCAGGGCUGAUGAUCCUCUUUGAGGGUUCUCCACACCUUGCUGCUUCUUCUUCCUUUCAUUCUCCAAUGGCUUCUUAUCAAGGCUCCCUGCACCACUCCAGCCCUCCCCACCCUGUGCUUCCCUACCAGAAGGUUUAUGGAAGGUGGUGACUGGUAUGUCCGGAUUAUCAAGGAUUUGAAUAAUCUAGGUUGUCCCUCCACAGUAAAGAGAUUAAUCAACUGUGGGAGCCCUGCCUAGAAUGAUAGAUUGUCAGAGCUGGGAAGGCCCUUAGACACCUAAUUCCAGUUCUUCCAGGAGAAGACAGGGAGACCAUGGUCAAGAAGGAACCUGCUUGGAAUCUCCUUCGGGAGAUGGUAGCAGAACUUAGAUUGGAAACCAGGUCUCCUAGUUCCUGGGCUUGACUUGGAGCUGUGUCUCCUCAACUAGUUUCUUUAUCUGAGUUCUGACCCCGAAGCCACCUGAGAAGAUGAGUAUCAGUAAUAUUUAUUUAUGACUUAUCUCGAUAAGAAGAAAUGUACAUUCAUAAAUUAGAUUAUAAUGAACAAGAUGUUUGAAAUGCUGGGGAAAGCUCUCUGUCUCUGAGUCUUCUGUGCUAAGCUCAAAGAAUUUUGGACCUCGAAUUUAUUUGAUACCAUUUCUUUAAAGCAGCCUGCCAAGUGAUAGG